AUGACCAAUGCACCAGUUUUGGCACUCCCUGAUUUUGACAAUGUGUUCAAGGUAAAUUGUGAUGCAUCUGGCAUUGGCAUUGGUGGUGCUCUGAUUCAAUCCCUGAAACAUUGGCAUCACUACCUAGUACACAGACAGUUCAUUCUGUUUACUGAUCAUGAGGCCCUGAAGUACAUCAAUGGCCAACACAAGCUGAGUAGACGACAUGCCAAGUGGGUGGCAUACUUGCAAGAGUUCACCUUUACGCUGAGGCACCAAGCAGGGAGUCUAAACCGUGUCGCAGAUGCCCUGAGCCAUCAUACCUUACUCCUAGCCACCAUGAGUACCAAAGUUUCAGGCUUUGAGACUUUCACAGAUAUGUAUGCAGUUGAUCCUUCCUUUGGAAGGAUAUUUCAGGAGGUAACUGAUGGUCACCGUCAUGAUUUUAUUUUGCAUAAUGGGUAUCUGUUUCAUGGAUUACAGUUGUGCAUUCUAGAUUGUUCAUUGAGGUAG